AUGAUUCCCUGUGAGGAUAUUUUAUUUCCCACAGGAACGGCAAAUCCAGGGAAUAGAAACAGAUGCAGGAUAACCCUGGACUUGAUCAUCAAAGUUCAGCUCCUCAGGCUGAACUUGUCUGAUAAGAACCCCAGGAGUAAGAAGGAAGCUGAGAAGAAAUUUAAAGAAAUUUUGGAAGCACAUGAGGUUUUGUCUGACCCUCAGAAGCAAUUGUUGUAUGACAAGUCUGUUGAGAACAGAGUUGACAGGGGGUUUGAUGGCUUCUUUCAUUCUCCUCAUGUAUUCUCCCAUCAAGAAGAGUUCUUUGGAGGGAGGGAUCCAUUUGCAUAUAUUUUCUAGAACCCCUUUGGCAUCAGAAUCAAUGGUGAAAACCAUGAAACCACAGUUGGGCCACAUGGUCCCACAACAAUGGUUAGCUGUACUAAAGUGAUCAAUGGCAAGACAAUCACCACCUGGCCAAUCUUUGAGAAUGGGCAUGAGAGAAAGGAAGUGGAAGAAGAUGGCCAGCUGAAGUCUGUGAAAAUCAAUGGGACAGAGAUCCUGAAUUCUUAA